ACUUCCCCGCCUUCGCCCCAAAGGAGCAGCCGCUCCUCCUGGCGCCUCCGCCGCCGCCGCGGCGCCCGCAGAGCUCCUCUCCCGCGCGCCGCUCCCCGAUGGAGCCCGGGCGCCGCCGCCGCCGCCGCCCCGAGCCCUGAACCGGGCCGCCCCGGCCGGAGGAACGCGCCGCCCGGCCCGAGGGCGCAGCAGGCGCACCCCACCGGGGCGCAGGGCACGGGUUUCGGGAAGGAGAAAGUGCUGCGCUGCAGGGUCCCUUGGCCGGCGGCGGGGGGACCAUGGCUUUGAAGGACACGGGCAGCGGCGGCGGCACCAUCCUGCCCAUUAGCGAGAUGGUCUCCUCGACCAGCUCCCCCGGCGCGUCGGCAGCCGCCGCCCCGGGGCCCUGCGUGCCCUCGCCCUUCCCCGAGGUGGUGGAGCUGAACGUAGGGGGCCAGGUCUAUGUGACCAAGCACUCGACGCUGCUCAGCGUCCCGGACAGCACUCUGGCCAGCAUGUUCUCGCCUUCCAGCCCCCGGGGCGGCGCCCGACGCCGGGGCGAGCUGCCCAGAGACAGCCGGGCGCGCUUCUUCAUCGACCGGGACGGCUUCCUUUUCAGGUACGUGCUGGAUUACCUGCGGGACAAGCAGCUCGCGCUGCCGGAGCACUUCCCCGAGAAGGAGCGGCUCCUCCGGGAGGCCGAGUACUUCCAGCUCACCGACCUGGUCAAGCUGCUGUCGCCCAAGGUCACCAAGCAGAACUCGCUCAACGACGAGGGCUGCCAGAGCGACCUGGAGGACAACGUCUCGCAGGGCAGCAGCGACGCGCUGCUGCUGCGCGGGGCGGCGGCCGCCGCCCCCUCGGGCCCCGGGGCGCACGGCGGCGGCGGCGCGCCGGACAGGCGCUCGGGCUUCCUCACGCUCGGCUACCGCGGCUCCUACACCACGGUGCGAGACAACCAGGCGGACGCCAAGUUCCGGCGCGUGGCGCGCAUCAUGGUGUGCGGGCGCAUCGCGCUGGCCAAGGAGGUGUUCGGCGACACGCUCAACGAGAGCCGCGACCCCGACCGGCCGCCCGAGAAGUACACGUCCCGCUUCUACCUCAAGUUCACCUACUUGGAGCAGGCGUUCGAUCGCCUGUCCGAGGCCGGCUUCCACAUGGUGGCGUGUAACUCCUCGGGCACCGCCGCCUUCGUCAACCAGUACCGCGACGACAAGAUCUGGAGCAGCUACACCGAGUACAUCUUCUUCCGACCUCCUCAGAAAAUAGUGUCACCCAAACAAGAACACGAAGACAGGAAGCAGGACAAGGUCGCGGACAAAGGAAGCGAGAGUGGGACUUCCUGUAAUGAGCUCUCCACUUCCAGCUGCGACAGCCACUCGCAGGCGAGCUCGCCCCAGGGCCACCCACCCAGCGCCCAGCAGGCGGCCGCUCACCAGCCCAGCACCUUGACUUUGGACCGUCCUUCCAAAAAAGCGCCUGUGCCGUGGAUGCCCCCACCGGACAAACGCAGAAACAGCGAACUCUUUCAGACGCUCAUCAGCAAGUCCCGGGAGACCAACCUUUCCAAAAAGAAAGUCUGCGAGAAGCUAAGUGUGGAAGAAGAAAUGAAAAAGUGUAUUCAGGAUUUUAAAAAAAUCCACAUUCCAGAUUACUUUCCCGAGCGCAAGCGCCAGUGGCAGUCUGAACUGUUACAGAAGUACGGGUUAUAGUGACGAUCAGAGUCCCGCAGUGUUUCAGUGACCUUCCGUGUUCACCGGCGUUGCCGCCUGACCGGAUGCCAACAGCGGUCCGCGUGAUUCUCGCUGCUCUUUCUUUUUGUGAACAGUGGAUGUGGGACAGUAUUUUUUUUUCAUUCUUUCUGUUGUUGUUGUUUUUAGAAAUAUUUAAAAAAAGAAAACUAAUAAAUAUUGAAUCAAAUGGUGUUCCUGACUCAAAAAAUUUUGCAAGAAUGAAAGUAAAAUAUGCAUGAUCAAGAAGCUUAGAAUCUUGAUUCUUGAACUGUGGUCAACUGGCUAUGUUUGUCAUUUUGUAACUCACCAAAAACAAAUCAUCAUAUCACUCCAAAUAAAGUGACAAUAUGGAUGAAGCAACAUCAAGUAAAAUGUUAGAUGAUGGUUUUGGGACCCAAAUCCAAAACUGUUUAAAUGUUAAUGCAAUAAAACAAGUAUUAUUUUUGCAUGAGCACAAUAUUACAAAUAAAUCACAAGACAUAGGAAGAUCUGUUUGUUGCUUGGAAAGAAAUAAUUAUGAAAAAAUAGCAAAAAAAAAAAAUAUGGUUCAGACAAAGCCUAUAAAUGUAAGCUAAGAGAUUGAAUUUUAUUUGUUCUGGAUCUGUGAUUUUUUUGUGUAUGUGUAUGGUGUUCUGUAUGUUAAGAUGGUGUAAAUAUGCCUUAUGAUCUUGUGUUAUGGCACUGACAUUCAUCUAUUAAUGCUAGUUAUGAUUAUUUCUGUGAAAUGAGUCCUUACAUCAGGCUGUGAAAAUUGGCAUAGUGAUUCUCUGAAAGAUCUUACUCUCAUGUUAAUCACAAUAAUUGAGGGAAAUGGUGAAGAGCUUUAUGUAUUUAUUAAAAAAGGAAAUAUAUAUUAGAA